AUGGACACGGGAGCUUCUCAGAUAGAUUGGAAUUCUCACAAUGAUUUCUUCAAAUUCACUCGUGGCCGCUUCAUUGUUGAAGAGGCAGAGAAUGCUCGAAAGCGAGAGAUCAGAUUCGACAUGAAUAGCCUCGCAAGAGUCGCAGCACAGUCGGGUGGAGCCGCGCGAUGCAUUGCCAUCGAAAAGUACCCUGACGGCAUGUUCAACAAAGCCUUCCUCAUAACUAUGGACAAUGGUCAAGAAGCUAUAGCCAAGAUUCCCAACCCGAAUGCUGGCAUUCCACACUCCACUACUGCUAGUGAAGUCGCCACGAUGGACUUUGCUAGAAAAUUUCUUGAGACCCCAGCGCCUCCCAAAUCGCACCCCGUGGGCGCUGAGUUUAUCAUUAUGGAAAAAAUAGAAGGUGUUCCGCUCUCCCAACUCCAAGUGCUUCUUGCCAUGACACCUGUGAGAAAUUCGGGCUUUGCCAUUGGUCCGGCUACAGGCCGGGACUGGUGUGACGCAGGCCGCUCAGAUCUAGAUGUCGACAAGGGGCCAUGGGCUUCUCUAACGCAGUAUCUGCAAGCAGUCGGGACACGAGAGGUGAAGGCAAUCCAGUCUCUAGAACCUCCAAAAACGGUUGCUUUAUUCUGCGGCCCAAAGCUAUACCGACCAGACACGGAAAAUAAACUUACUGCUUUAGCAUGGUACCAACAAACCGUUGAUGCUCUAAUUCCCAAAGAUGCAGCCAUCACACGACCCUGCCUCUGGCAUAACGAUUUGCAUGACGACAACGUCUUCGUAGACCCGCAGAAUCCCGGAGAGAUUACGGGUAUCAUCGACUGGCAGUCUUGUCACAUCUCGCCCCUCUUCAACCACAAUCCCGACCCAGCCUUCCUCGACUGGGAUGGCCUUGAGCCUGAAACGCUGGAUUUGGCACCACGGCCAGGACUCUCCGGGCUUUCGCCCGAGGAACGGUCAGCUGCUGUCCAGGAGUAUUCCCUCCAGAACGUGUUCAUCGCAUGGCGGAAGCUCAUGCAUGCCAAAAACCCCGACUUAUACCGGGUGGUCGAAUUCCGGAGGACAGCAACAUACGGGCUGAUAUUUCUGGCCCACCGAAUAUUCGAAUACAGCGAGGCGCACUUCCAGUCGCUUCUGAUCGAGCGGAUUAAAUUGGAUAGCGAUGGUGCAGUGGCAGGCACCGAGCUUGUGACAGAAGUCAAGGAGAAGAUGGGCGAUCUGUGGCCGGACAAGGGCUUCAUCGAGCACGAGCGAUACAAUGAUUGCAAAGCUGACCUCGACGAAGUCAAAGGCUUGAUCUUGGAGCAGUUAGCUGAGACUGACGAGGAGAAGGCUGAGUACGAGCGCUAUUGGCCAUUUGGAUAAUUUGUCUAUUGUUUCGAGGAGACGGUAUGGUUGUGCGGAAAGCCUUCUUAUUCAUAUUUGGGUGAUUGGGGGUGGGAAACGCGGCUUUGAAAAACCAACAGAAUGUUUGAAGCUGCUAUUUCUUUCCAUCGGUCUUUCGCUUUCGAACCCAUGAUGAGCGGAUACGGUUAACUAUGGUUGCACAGAUGGGAGUAUUUCUUUGAUCAGUCCUUAUGAACUGGGGAUCCAGGUAUAUACGAGUAGAGCGG